AUGGACCAGUCCUCAUCACCAAGACACAUAAUCCCUGACACUCUUCCCCGUGAGGACAGUGCCAUAUUGAGUAGGCUGGUAAUCGACGACCCCCAGGCCGACGUCGCUCGCGAGAGAGCCCGUGUCGCCGAAGCACAGCCCAUGUCUGCCAACCACCAUCACGAGUCCACAAUCUCAACCAUGGAAGCCCCCGAGGAGGCUGCCGCACCCCGCCGUCGUCAGGAACAUCUCAAGUCGAGUCACCCUAGAAAGGAGACCAAGUUUGGAGAGUACAUUCUUGGACAGACACUGGGUGAGGGAGAGUUUGGCAAGGUCAAGAUGGGGUGGAAGAAAGAGGGGGGAGUACAGGUUGCCAUCAAGUUGAUCCGCCGUGAGACGCUGGGCAACAAUCCUAAUCGCUUGCCAAAGAUCUAUCGCGAGAUCUCGAUUCUACGUGGACUGCAGCACCCCAACAUUGUACGUCUGCAUGAGAUGGUCGAGACUGAAAGACAUAUCGGUAUCAUCCUCGAGUACGCAUCGGGCGGAGAACUGUUCGACUACAUCCUCAACCACCGCUACCUUAAGGACAACGCGGCUCGUCGGUUGUUUGCACAGCUCGUAUCUGGUGUUGGCUACUUGCAUAAGAAGGGUAUUGUCCAUCGCGACCUGAAGCUGGAGAACCUACUGCUGGACCGCAACCGCAACAUUAUCAUCACCGACUUUGGUUUUGCCAAUACCUUCAGCCCGGACGACGAACUGGGCGAGGACAUCGAGUACAACCUGAACAACAAGGACUUUGUUACCAAGAUGGGUCUGGAACACAUCCUACCGACCGGACACCGUCGCGGUGAUCUUAUGCAAACGAGCUGUGGAAGCCCGUGCUAUGCUGCGCCAGAAUUGGUUGUUAGUGACUCUCUCUACACUGGUCGCAAGGUCGAUGUGUGGAGUUGUGGUGUCAUCUUGUAUGCCAUGCUUGCAGGAUACCUGCCUUUCGAUGACGAUCCGGCCAACCCAGAAGGCGAUAACAUCAACCUUUUGUACAAAUACAUUGUCUCGACGCCCUUGACCUUCCCCGAGUAUGUCACACCUCAUGCUCGCGAUCUCCUGCGCAGAAUCCUGGUCCCCGACCCGAGAAAGCGUGCCGACUUGUUUGAGGUUGCUCGUCACAGCUGGCUGAGCGAGUACGCCCAUGUUGUCGGUUUCAUAACAAGUACCACAACCACCUCUGCCGACAUUGUCGACUCUGGCGUUCCUACCGAAGACCAGUACGACGUACCAUCACUCGCCCGCAGUGCAUCAGUCAGGGAGCCUUCCAAACCCAGUCAGAUUGCAGUUGUCGGUGGUCUUAGCAACAAAAACACCCCUGUCACCGAGACCGAGUCCAAGACACCUCGCGAUGCUAAGCGUAGAACCGUUCAGGUCGAGUACGUUGCCCCUCAGUCUCAGACUGCAAGACAAGCACCCAUCUCGACCUCUUUGCCCACCAGUGCUGUCCUGGCACAACCUCUCUCAUCUCAAGGAAGAUCUCGUGCAAGAGGAGACAGUGCUUCGGGCCCCGUGGCCGCCAACCCUGCAUCUUACGAUCCUUCACUCAGCUCUCAGCGUUCUCAGCAGCGCCCCGCAACUCAGUCCGCCAUGUCGCCUCCAGUCCGUCCAAACCGCGAGCCUCCACGUGCAGUGACCGACUCGACUUCCUUCAAUGUCGGUUCCCCUACUUCGGGCGCUCGUCCCACAACCAGUGGCUCAAGACUGCCAUCUCGUGGUAACUCGUAUGGUCAACCUGCUUUGGCUACUGUUGCCGCUACCAAUGCAGAAGGCCGCUUCUCUCAACCUAAGCCUUCUGGAUCUGGAUACAUCAUCUCUGGCCCCAACUCGCAGGACAACUCGAAGAGAAACUCCUACACAGGAAGGCCAGUCAGCCAGUAUCUGCCCAACGAUGCUCAGCCAGUUCCUCAGCAGCCUGCAGAGAGACCUGUCCGUGGACACAAACGUUCUAACACAAUGGAAAGCUUCACUACAAAGUUGUUCGGCCGCACUAAUUCCCGUCGUCAAUCGGCAACUCCACAAGAGAUCGCCAAUGCUCGUCAAGAAAGGGAAAAGUCAUCGCGCAUGUACCCCCCUGUCAGCAUGAAGAACCCAAUGCCUCACUCUGGUGAAGAUCUUCCUCGUCCUUCUACCGAGUCGUCUCGUCGUUCCUUCGGCUAUAACCGCAAGAACAGCGAAACUGCUGGACCUCGCUCGUCAAGAAGAUUCUCUUUCUUGCCUGUGUCGUUCUCUAGGAUGAGCUUCUCUGGCGCAUCUGGACCCGAAGCUGCUGAUGGCAGUAGACGUGCCUCUGUUCAGGCUAAUGCUCGCAGUCGUCCCGCGUCCAAGCAAUCUCCUGUGAUGGCAUUUGGCCAAGGUAGAAGCCGUUCGCCCAGCCAGAGUACAACCGGCAGCAGUAUCCCCGUCAUGCCGGAGACUAACGCAGAUGGCCGCCGCAAGAUGCCUCAUCAACCUGUCCGCGGCGCAACUGCUCCCGAUCUUACGAAGAUGCAAGAUCCUAGUUUCCCUCAGCCGCAGCAGUCGUCCAGACAACAACCACAAGGACAGCAGUACAACAACUUCACUCCUCCGCAGAGCAGCGCUGGCCGACCAAGACAGGACAACUUUUACACACCAUCACAAUCUGCAGAGUCACAGGCCACCGAGUCGAUCGCCCAAACGCCACGACAGCAAUAUCCCGCCGGUUUCAACGAAACUGAACCUGUCGUGACCAAGCCUCAACAUCGCCAACAAGCGGUUUUGCAGAAGAACCGCAAGUUUGGGGACGCAUAUGAAGGUCAUGGCAACGGUGGCAGCAGUGGUGGUGCUCGACGAGUGAUGGACUGGUUCCGCAAGAGAGGCAAGGACAGAAGCAACUAG